AAGUAGUCUCCUUCUCUCCAUAUCGCUUCUCAUGGCAGUCAACGAACCAAAACGCUAACAGAAAAAACUCGCUCCGACAGAGUUUUUCUUGGUCUUCUUCGCUUCAAACCGGCUUCUCUCUGCCGGCGAUUGGUGGUUUCCAGGGACGGGUUUUAGGUUAUGGGGAGGAUGGGAGGUGACCAGAGGACUUACUCGGCCAAUCAUAGCGACUACAAGCUUCUUGAAGAGGCCGGUCAUGGCGCUAGUGCUAUUGUUUACAGAGCGAUCUAUCUUCCUUUCAAUGAGGUUGUGGCUGUCAAGUGCCUGGAUCUCGAUCGGUGCAACAGUAAUCUGGAUGACAUACGCCGGGAAGCUCAAACAAUGAGUUUGAUAGAUCACCCAAAUGUUAUAAGGGCAUAUUGUUCAUUUGUUGUUGACCGUAACCUUUGGGUAGUCAUGCCGUUCAUGGCAGAGGGUUCCUGUUUGCACCUCAUGAAGAUAGCAUUUCCGGAUGGAUUUGAAGAGUCUGCCAUUGCUUCUAUUUUGAAAGAAACUCUUAAGGCUUUAGAGUAUCUUCAUCGACAAGGUCAUAUUCAUCGGGAUGUUAAGGCUGGGAACAUACUACUGGAUAGCAAUGGCACAGUAAAGCUCGCUGACUUUGGUGUCUCAGCUUGCAUGUUUGAUACUGGUGAUAGACAACGUGCAAGAAAUACUUUUGUAGGGACACCAUGCUGGAUGGCACCUGAGGUCUUGCAGCCAGGAAGUGGAUAUAAUUCCAAAGCUGAUAUAUGGUCGUUUGGCAUAACGGCUCUAGAGUUGGCUCAUGGUCAUGCACCGUUUUCAAAAUAUCCUCCAAUGAAGGUUCUCUUGAUGACCAUACAAAAUGCUCCUCCUGGACUUGAUUAUGAUCGUGAUAAGAAGUUCUCUAAGUCUUUUAAAGAAAUGGUUGCAAUGUGCCUGGUGAAGGAUCAAACAAAGAGGCCAACUGCUGAAAAAUUGUUGAAACACUCUUUUUUCAAGCAUGCAAAGCCUCCUGACCUCUCUGUGAAGACACUAUUUACUGAUCUCCCACCACUUUGGAACCGAGUGAAAGCCCUUCAGCUUAAAGAUGCUGCACAACUAGCUCUGCAGAAAAUGCCUUCAGCAGAUAAAGAAGCAUUAUCACAGAGUGAGUACCAAAGAGGAGUUAGUGCCUGGAACUUUGACAUUGAGGAUCUGAAGGCCCAAGCAUCACUAGUGCAAGAUGAUGAUGACACACAAGAUAUCAGGGAAGAAGAUGCACUUGUGAAAUCAAGUUGUGUUGAUAAGGCUAUGGCUGACUACCAAUAUAAUUUGAAGAAGAAUUUGAGUAGAGGGCUGUAUCAGGCUGAAUCCAUAGGGCAAAUAAGUGCUGACCAAUCACAGCAGUCUGAUUGUCUAAACAGAAAGGGAAAAAAUCUGGAAAGUGACAUUGUAGAAGCUGUCUCCCAAGAGGAAGUUGCUUUGAAGAAACCUGUUUCUAGCAUUGAGGUUUCGACAUCAAGUUCUGAAAGGGACAUUGUACAGACCAAGACUAAAGUAGUGAAAACUCGCCAAACUCAAAGUGGGCCACUCACUCCUGGUAUCGUGCUCAAUCAUUCAUUAUCAGACAAAGCACAAAACUUUGAAAGGUUUGAGAUUGAAAGUCAACCAACAAAUGAGAAAGUUAACCAAGUCCGUAGAGCACCAAGUUUCAGUGGUCCACUGAUGCUUCCAAAUCGAGCAUCUGCAAACAGCUUAUCUGCUCCAAUAAAAUCAUCUGGAGGGUUUAGAGAUUCUCUAGACGACAAAUCAAAGUGUAAUCUAGUGCAAAUCAAAGGGCGAUUCUCAGUUACCUCUGAAAAUUUAGAUCUUGUAAAGGAUAUUCCGGUAAGUGCUGCUCCACGUCGAUCUUCACAGGGUUCGCCUCUUAGAAAGUCAGCUAGCGUUGGUGAUUGGGCAUUUGAGUCCAAACCAAUGCCUCCCAACCAGUGUCCCAAGGAAUUGAACAAUAGUAACUUGCCUGGACCACUUCUUUCGACUCACCUUCAGAGUCUUUUUCAACAGACCUCAAUUCAACAGGAUCUUAUCAUGAAUUUAUUAAAUACCUUACAACCAGCUGAGGCAGUAGAUGGUACUCAAAAUGGAAAGUUGCCUCCACUUCCUCGCAGCUUGGAUGACAAUGGAAGUGUAUGGAACUUUUACAAUUUAUCAUACAAUGUAAUUUAUUUUCGUUAGGUCUCAAGCUAGUCAAUGGAAACCUCUUCCAAUUUCUCUUGAAUGUUUAAUUUGUUGGUUCCCAUUCUUGGUUUUAGAACGUUUACUAAUUUUAUUUUCAGCAUACUGGCUUCUGUCAGUACUAACAUGUUGGUAGUCUUAAAUGAAGGCUGGUAUUAUGUAAUUAAACAUAGAUGAUGGGGUUUCAUUUUUCUGUUGAGCUCUGAAUAUUUCUGUGUCAUGCUGCUAUUUUAAAUGGCAAAUCAUGCAGUAGUGCAAUAUAGUUGCUUGCAUCAGAUUGAAUCCUUUGAGUGCUGGUCUUCUUGCUUCCAUUUACUGCAAUACAUGAUAAAGAACGCAGAAAUGUCUGUCUUGUUGUUCUGGUCCAGACUUCACUGUUUCUUAUGGUCAUGGCUUUCUCAUUGGGACAAAUAGAUCAAUUUCCAAUUUUUGAAUGAUAAAGCUAUUUGGCACAAUGUGUUGUAACUGACAAUUACAUUUUUUUUCCCUCUUUUCUGUUUUCUCAAUAGGUUGAAACAGCAGCAUCUGAGAGGGAGCGUGCACUGCUCAUCCAGAUCUCAGAGCUUCAAGCAAGGAUGAGCAGUUUGACAUGUGAACUGACUGCUGAGAAGAUGAAGUACAUGCAAUUGCAACAGCAGUUGAGAUCCAAAUCGGGUCAGCAGGAAAAUGGCAAUAGAAGGGAAAGUGAUGCCUGAAAGUUGAAAAAUCAACUAGAGUGAAACUACUCCCAUAUAUUCAGGCAAGAGCUGUAAAUCAUGCAGCUAAAUGUCUUCUCCACCAUUCUUUGGCUAUGAUACAUGGGACCUGUUUUUGGCUAUUGACAACCUUAGAAGUAGUGAAAUGCAGCAUCAUCCAGUAUAUAUACCUCCUGCAAUUGUGUUAGAUUCGUUUCUCUGAGUAUUUUGGGCUCCUUGGUAAUGAAUAAAAAAAAAUUACAGGUAGAAAACCAGGACACCUUUACAUUCAAUUUUAUAUAAGCAGAAACGUUUUUCCUCCGUUGCUAAGUCACAGUAGCGGGGAGUUUCUUUUUUGUGAUGAGGAAGGAGAAUUGUAAAGUGUUAUAUUUAUGACAUAUGCUUAAAGGAGAUCUAUACAACCAUAUGGUAUGGGUGUCCGAUUCCAAGCUGCUCCUUUCUCAUGUAUUUUCGUUGUGUAAUUGUGGUUAUGAAUGCAAUAAGAUUUUCAGGGAGAUGCGUAUGCAUCCUCUUUUCGCUAUGAAAUUCUUGUUUUUACAAUUUCGGCGAACCUCUACUGUUUCUUGUGGAUUUGGGUAGGGGCUCGUUGGUUUUUCAGAUCUGGCCACCAUCGGUCUAGAUCCUUGCCAUGGCGUCUUGGAGAUUUCACGCCAUUCUCUCCUGAGUAAAUUGAAGGGUGUCCCAUAGCUGGAUCAGUCGACCACAAAUUACUCGAGUAUCUUCACCUCCCUUCCUCCUUCGCAUUGGGUCUACUCUGCCUUGUUUCUCCAGUUUGUUCUUUGUUCUUUGUUCUUUGUUCUUUGUUCUUUCUUUGUCUGAUACUUUUAUCCCUUUGGAUAAGAUCGUCAUGUAGAUGUCUUAUGACAGUUCUUAAUGCAUUGCUUCUCUUGUGUUAAAAAAAAAGAGUUUGAGUA